GGAAGCUGCGAAGCAAUUACUCCGAGAAGAGGAGAGAGGCGAGCUUGCUUGAGGGAAACUGGUGUGAAUGCCUUUUCCCGUCUCAAAAAAAUUUAAUAAUUUAUUGGGUUUUUUUUUUAAAUCCAACGAAAAGGAGACUAUAAGAAACGAAGAGAAGAGUGGUUUCUAGUGUCCUUUAACGACGGUCGCAUUUCUUUUACUUUGUGGGAUAAGUAAUUUUUAGAAGAUUUUUGGUCUUGCUGUCUGGGUGUGUUUUCCAUACUACCGUUUUUCGCAUGCUAAUACAGUAAGGUUUGGAUUGCAUUUUGUUUUAACUGCUAAGAGGAUCCUUUAUAAUUAACGAUGGGCUGCACGCUUAGUACGGAGGACAAGGCGGCGGUGGAACGCAGUAAAAUGAUCGACAGAAAUUUACGAGAUGACGGAGAAAAAGCGGCCAGAGAGGUGAAACUGCUGUUACUUGGUGCUGGAGAGUCAGGCAAAAGUACUAUUGUGAAACAGAUGAAAAUUAUUCAUGAAGCUGGUUAUUCAGAAGAGGAAUGUAAACAAUAUAAAGCUGUUGUUUACAGCAAUACUAUUCAAUCAAUAAUUGCUAUCAUAAGAGCGAUGGGGAGGUUGAAGAUUGACUUUGGUGACUCUGCUAGAGCAGAUGAUGCACGUCAGUUAUUUGUGCUUGCUGGCUCUGCUGAAGAAGGAUUCAUGACAGCAGAACUAGCUGGAGUAAUCAAGAGAUUGUGGAAGGAUGCUGGAGUUCAAGCCUGCUUCAACAGGUCAAGAGAGUAUCAGCUGAAUGACUCUGCAGCAUACUAUUUGAAUGAUUUGGAUAGGAUAGCACAGACCACAUAUAUCCCAACCCAACAAGAUGUCCUGAGGACUAGAGUUAAGACAACUGGCAUUGUGGAAACACAUUUCACUUUUAAGGACCUUCACUUCAAAAUGUUUGAUGUCGGUGGCCAAAGAUCUGAAAGAAAGAAAUGGAUUCAUUGUUUUGAGGGAGUUACAGCAAUUAUAUUCUGUGUUGCACUUAGUGACUAUGAUUUAGUUCUUGCUGAAGAUGAAGAAAUGAACCGAAUGCAUGAAAGCAUGAAGCUUUUCGAUAGCAUCUGCAACAAUAAAUGGUUCACUGACACAUCCAUUAUUCUUUUUCUAAAUAAGAAAGAUCUUUUUGAGGAAAAGAUAAAAAAGAGUCCUCUCACUAUUUGCUACCCUGAAUAUGCAGGAUCAAACACUUACGAAGAAGCCGCAGCUUAUAUUCAGUGCCAGUUUGAGGACUUAAAUAAAAGGAAGGAUACCAAGGAGAUUUAUACUCACUUCACGUGUGCCACAGACACCAAGAAUGUGCAGUUUGUUUUUGAUGCUGUGACAGAUGUUAUCAUAAAGAAUAAUUUGAAGGACUGUGGUCUAUUUUAAAUGUUUCUAGACUUUGUUAUGUUGUAGAUAUGUUACUUAAAAUUCUAAAGUAAAAAAUAUUUUUGGGGCAGGAUUUGGGGCGAACUCUGAAAUUUCAUUUACUUUCAUGUAACAUAAUUUCUUUCCCUGUACUCCCAGAAAAUGGAGUUCAAAGUUACUGAUUUUUACAUUCUCUUGGGUUUGUGUUUUUUGUUUUUUCUCUUCAAUAAAAGCACCUACAGAACUUUUCCCAUUGCUGCCACUUUUGUGAUCAAUAAGUGUUUAGCCUUCAGUGUGUUGUAUUUUUUUAUAUGGUGCCUGUUAGGGUGAUGACUACCACAAAGCGAUUUAUGUACCUUGUACAAAGUGACUUUCAAAGAUCAGAAGUAAAAUAUAAAGUGAGAACAACAGAAUUUCUUACUGAUGAGAGUUAAACCUGUAACCACAUGUUGAGUUGUUCGUUAACAGCUACAUAUCCAAACAUUUUUCCUCCCAUGGAUGUUCUGUUUUAGUUUGUAAGGAACAAUUAUGCAAAACCUCUUUGUUUCUUAUGUGUUAAGCAAUAUUUUUGCCAGCUAAAGUAUGUUUCAACUGACCUAGUGUGUGAUCUUUCAUGAUUAUUGUUGCUGCCAUUUUCUUACAGUAUUUCAGGCAAAAUGUAUGUCUUUAGACUUUUAACAAUAAAUCUAAAAAUGUUUGAAUGUUUUUCAUUUUUAACUUUGUAGCCAGUUACCAGUUGCAAUGGCCUAUUUAUUUAUUAUUUGACAAAGUUUCUCAUAUGCAGGCCCAUCAAUAUCUAUGCAUAACCUGAUUCAAAAUUCUCCUUUGUGAAAUUUCUCUGUUAUCUUUAAGACUUUACAUUUAAUGUUGCUUUAAUGAUUGUCUUUUGUCAUUUUUAAUUGGAAUGUGCUGACAAGCUCAAAAGUAAUUUAAUGCAAGUGAUUGAAUGUGUACAUAGGAUGCUCAAAAAUGUGAGAAAUUAUGCACAGCCUUUGUCUUUCAAAGGCUGUACUUUUGCCAUAACUUGCUGCCACCUUUCUCUUUUUUUUUUCUUUUUUUUAAUGCGCAAGAUAUGGUUUUAUAUACCAUAUAUCAUUGUUGUUGUUUUUUUGCUUUUGUUUAAGCUUUCAUUUUAAAAAGAAUGAGCUGCUCCUUGGAAGUCAUGUGUGAGGCAUUAAAUGUUAAGUGAUGGUUAGGUGAUCUUGGAGACUAUGUUCUUUUUCUAUUUAGCAUGUUUGGAACAGUUUUGUGUAUGCAAUAUUUGAACUCAUUACAACAUAGCUAGUUUUAAAAUGCAAAAUGAAUGGUUAAGACUCACAAAAUGUAUUAUAUGCUAAUUUUAGAAUUUUUACCAGGACUAAUAACUGUCUUAAUUGAAAGAUCAUAAUACACUCAGAGCUUGUCUGUCUGCUAAGGGUAGUUAUCCUUAUUUUGAAAUCUGUAGUGACAGUUUUUUGUGUUUUAAAUAUUGUUAUAGCAUUUCUGUGUUGCUGAUGGUGACAGCUCAUUGCAUUAGUGUUUGUCUAUGUAGCAGAGUCUUGCUGACAUAGACUAACACCUCUAUUACAUCUAUGCAUUAUUCUCUUUGCAUUCCAAAGUUCAGAUCCAAUGAAACACCCACUUCAGCUUUACUAUUGUUGUAUGUGACAACUUACAACUGGCAACUUUCUGCACCCCACCGCUCAUUGUUUCUUUUCUUAUUUGCAUCAUAUUCAGUGUCUGAUUCUCCUGCGCUGUAUGUUUUACUUGCUUUGUGUUAGUCCACACUAAGGAAGGUACUGUAUAAGAAAAAAACUGAAUAAUGAUGGAUAUUUUUUAAAAUGUUUUAAGAUAUAUAGGGUUUCAGAUUUUGCAUUUUUUAAGUUUUGCCUUCAACUAUAAGUGGAAACCAUUACUUUUACUAAUAUAUACAUUUUUGGUAAUGUUAAAUCAGAAAAUCAAAUAAUGGAUCAGUACUGUAUUUUGCUAGAUCUAACAGCUUUAUUUAUAUGUUUUAUUUUAAAAUUGUUAACAGAAAAGUCUAGGAGAACAUUUUGUUUGUGUCUUUAUAAUGUGUAUAAUUGUAAUUGUAGCAACCAUUGUUAUACACUUAAGAUGCAUCUUUGGGAGACAUUUUCAACAGUUCGACCCAUUGCGCAUUUUGUUUAUUCACAUUACUUUAAAUGUGCAGAUUGCCAGGUUUAUGGGGAAGGGGGGAGGGCAAAAGUUAACAUAGAAAGUAAUUUGUUCAGGCUCUUGUGCCUUUUCACAUGGUUCAAUUUUUGUGUAACACAGUUUGUUUCUUUACCUGUUAAAUGGUUUCAUCAUUUAACUCUAAAAAUCAUUUUUAAUGAAAUACUGUUUUUGUGUAUUGCCUUAUAGGUGAUGUCAAAAUUUUCUUUUCUUUUAGAUGAUAUAAAAGCACUGUUUCAAGACUUUCAAUUCUAAGUCCAAGCAUUCCUUACUUGUUAAAAAAAAAAGUGAAAAAUGUAUUUGAUCAUUUAAAUACAUGCACAUGCUUACCAGAGUUUGUAACUAGAAGCUUUAAAAUUGACAUUAUUUCAAUAUGUGUUAAGUUUAAAGUUAUAUGUUUAUUGUUUAAAAAGCGGAAAGUGUAAAUGUAUAAUUACUGACUACUUUUAAGACAAGAAAAUGUUUCCGUGUAUAACCAGUGAUUGUCUUUUAUUAAAUAUUUGUUUAGUUCAUUUGGCCAUGGUUUUGGAAAACUAUGUAAUCGUUGCAUACCAAAUGCAAAAAGUUAAAUGUACAUUUUACAGGCAAAAACAUUUGUAUUUUAAGCAUGGUGAUAUGUAAUUCAUCUAGUUCUACUUAAUGAAGAACCUUUUAAAGAUUCAUUUCCUUCUUUUUUGCUAAUAAAAUAUGCUAUUUUGCA